CAAUACAUUGGAACCGAUUUAAUAAGAACACUACUAAAAGUAAAAAAAACCUAGUUAUUAUGUUUAUCCCCAGGCAACACUAACUGGUACAACUUGCUACAGCUAUAGUGUAUUCUUGUAAAUACGAACAUUAAUGAAGGUUUUCUGCAAUUUGUAUCAACAAGGUUCUACUCUACCUCAUCGUAUUAGCAGCACAUAAUUAUCAGAGACACAGCAACAGAAUAUUGUUACAUGCUGUUUUAUACCUACUGGCAUAAAGUAGCUUGCUGGGUAUUCGUGUCAGACAAAAUUAAUGUUAAUGAAUCCAAAUUUGUGAACCUUCCAAAGUUUUGUUCUAAAAAAUAAUUAAUACUGAUUAUUUUGGGGGAAUAAGAAACAGAAUUUUUACUUACGACACUGUUUGUAACUAAUUGUCCAUAAUGUAGAUGUCAGGGUACAAAGUUUACUUGCCUAUAUAAUUAUUGGCAGCAAACUCAACAAAAUUUAAAGACUCCAUCAUGUCUACCGCAAAAAUGAAAUGUAGACACACCACUUUGAAAAUCAGAUUUAUCAAGUCUAUGAGUGUGAUUCAUAUUUUGAUAGUCCAAUUAUAUUCUACUUUCUACUUUCAAAAUGCUCUUAUAGCCCUGAUCUCACCUGGAGAGAUGUGCAGUAUCUGAUUGUGUACACGUCUAACACCAAAGAGACUAAUGCAACUGAUUCAGUUACAAAUGGAGCCGGUCUGGUUGUGAGUCAUCAAGUUGGGUUUGGUGUGAUUGAUGCCGAGGCCAUGGUUACCAGAGCACAACGCUGGACUAAUGUACCUUCUCUUCUGAUAGAACAGAUGACCCCUACUAUAACUACUGGUUCAGCUGCAUAUCAGUCAUCAUUUACAACCACCAUCCAGUACAAUGGAUCGAUUCAAUAUUUGGAGCAUGUUGUAGUUACCAUGACAGUGGAUACAGUAACAGGGUACCGUAGAGAUAUAAGGAUUGAACUCACAUCGCCGUCAGGAACACAGUCCACCCUUCUGAGUCAUCGCAAUAGUGACUAUAGUUCCAGUGGUUACUCUGUUUGGCCGUUUAUGUCUGUAAUGUUCUGGGGUGAGGACCCUAAUGGAGAAUGGAACCUGACAGUUACCACUCGUAGCACCACUACUAGUAUUGAAGUUAGUCAAGUCGAAUUUCGGUUUUUUGGAACAUCUGGCACACCGGACUCAGUGGGUAACAUUCCGGCUACUUGUCAUCCAAACUGCAGUAGAGGUUGUUCCGGUGAAGGCUCUGAUAACUGUGAUGCUUGUUCUAAUCUCCGCAAUGCUUACACACUCGAGUGUAUCGACACAUGUCCACCAGGAUACACUCAACGUAACGGAUACUGCUAUAACUCAACACUACCGAAUGAAGAGUGCUUCUCUCCAUUGAAAGAGAAGGAGGGAGGUGAAAAUGCCACUUCAGCUCCAACUGGUGGUUCUUGUGUUGAUGCUGGGUUUGUUGGUUGCUGUGAUUCGAGCUGCUAUGUGGGUUUCCUGCUGGUGUGAUCAAAUAUGCUACUCCUUUGGUGACUGCUGUGAUGACAUAGAAGGCAUAGGAUGCUUUCCAGUCGGUGAUGGCGGUAGUGGUUCUGGCAGUGGUAUUAGUCCUACUACUGAACCUACCACAGGGCCAACAACUGGGCCAACUACAGGCCCAACAACUGAACCCACUAUGGAGCCGAGUACUGGAUCUUGUCUUGAUGCUGGAUUUGAUGGAUGCUGUGUCGACUACGAAAGCUGUGGGGUUUUCGGUCCCAGUGGAUCGGCCUGUUUCUGCGAUCAGCUAUGCUACAAUUUUGACGAUUGUUGUGAAGAUAUAGCGAAUGCAGGAUGCUACCCUCAGAACAUCCCUCAAGUUAUUCCUUACAUAACGUUUGGAGAAACGGAAGGAGUCCUCACACAGGCUGUUCCUAUUUUGAUGACGGGACUUCUGCCCCAAUUACUGUUUUAUUUCCACUUGGCUCAAACAACCGAUCAACUGUUUAUGUGGGAACGAAAUGGCUAUUUCACUUUUACUGGGUAUUCCGGAUAUUCGCCUUUCCUCUUUAAUGAGAACACUAGUCUUCCUCUUGUGGCUCCUUUCUUUACUGACAUCGACAUAUCUAAUGGAGUCGGUCAAAUUGACUAUGAGAUCCACACCAGUGAUACUUCAGGAUCCAUCCUCUCUCAAGUCAAUUCGGUGAUCAACGAACACACUGGCACUAGCUUCAAUGGUGAAUGGAUGCUGGUUGACUACUUGGGAACAUGUUCCAGCAUUUGGUGGUGGGACUAGCAUUACAAACACAUUCCAAGGAAUGUUAGUCACGGAUUUCACCAGGUCCUUUGCUGUGUUCACGUAUUAUUGUGGCCACCUGGGGUACUCUAAUGGAGCUACAAUUGGAUUCUCCAGUGGUGAUGGUCUCUUUGCUAACCAUCCGGCUACCCAGAGAAGUUCAGCUCAGUCCAUUGCCUGUCUGAACCAGCCUGUCACUCCAUGGGUCAACAUCGUCUAUGAACUCACUAGAGAAGGUGUGGUAUGCAGUGGGGGAUAUUACUACUCCAAUAUAGCACAAGAAUGCAUAUCCCUGGAUUCAGUGUACCAGUAUGAGCCAACUAUUCUGGAAGGAUGUGAUCCUGACAGGAAUGAUGAAUACCGCACUCAUAUCGAGGCCGAGAUUGAGGCCUUGAUAAAUGAGUAUUUUGAAAAUGCUCCAUGAACACAUUAAACGUAGCACUUUAACUAACAUGUUUUUGUCAAUUUUAGUAGGAUGCAAUACAAUAGCUAAUGUAAAGCUACCCUUCAUUGUUUUCUUAGACUUUCAGAUAUAUACUUUAUCGAUAUAUUUUUAUGAGUUUUGUUACCUGCGA